CAACUGAACGAGAGUGACUUCAAACACUUAUUUCCGCUGGUUGAGAAAUGCAGUCAGCAUUAAAACUUACGAUAUCCAAGGAAACUUCUAAUUAAAUUCCAAAAAGAAAGCAUUAUUCUAUCAAUUGAGCUGCUCGCUUCAUAACUGUGUUGCGGUGGACGAGAUCUAAGGCUCCUGGAAGCGAACUGAGUAUGCAUCGUCAUUUGAAGACUGCUUCAUCACUUCUGGUUUACUUCGUUCUGGUAGUGAUUACGCCAUGUAAAGGUUCGCCGACGCGAAUCCACGAUGUUCAAAACAACUAUUUUGUACCUCUAGGAGGUGCCGCUGACUUCGACUGUAUUUUAUCAGACCAAAAAGCUAAAGUUGAGCUUUAUCAUGACGAGAAACAUAUGGUAACAGAUGGUGUUAAGGUUGCUGAAAUAGGCCAGAUAUUCACAGUAUACAAUAUAACCAACGCCGAAAGUGGAGAUUACAGGUGCAAAACGUCUUUCGGAAAUGGUUUGAAGAAAUCUUUUCCAGUUGGCUCCAUAAGGGCUAUUUCUGUUCAAUACUUAGAUUUAAAAUUCAGUGUGUCUCCAAAGAUAAUUACAGCUCCUGAAGGAGAGAGCGCAUCUUUCACCUGUCAAGCUACUUCAGACAAAUUCGCAAGAGUGUCUUGGCACAAAGACACGCAAGAAUUAUCCCAUCAAAACAAAUCAAGAAAUGGCAACGAGUACACUAGUGUGAUGACCGUGUCAGACUUGGAAACUAGUGAAAGUGGUAUCUAUCAGUGCCGUGUCAAAGUGCAGAUUUAUCCCUUCAUUGGUUUGGAUAAAAUGGGAUAUUUUCCAACUCCAUCUGAAUUGAUCGUUAAACCUUUCGAGUUUAUAUCGAGGCAUCAAACCAUCUUUGUUGGUGAUGUUGGGUCAUCGGUUACGAUCAAGUGUAAUACUACAGACCCCGUUGCGUCCACUAGCCUGUGGAUUCAACGCUCACACCAAAACGUGCAGGAAGUCACUCCUGAUGGUGUUAGGGUUGUACAGGACGGACCGAACUUCGUUAUCCACCGGGUGACCAUACGAGAUGGCGGGCAAUACACCUGUAAAGCGGUAUCAACUUAUGGAAAAACUAUUUCGAUGAAUAUGGGAAGGCUUAUCGUAUUGCAAGGAGGACACAGGGAUCCCAAGGCGUAUAUUUCGCCCCACACCAAGAACCUCAAUCUUGACAAGAGCUUUAACUUCACAUGCCAGGCAUUUGGAGACUCAAUUAACUUUACCUGGUUCAAAGACGGGUCGAUUGUCCCACAUGAUAUUGUGACAGUUUUACCUAAACGCCAUUACAAGGGAUACACCAUGUUUGAAUCCAUUCUAACCAUAAGGAAUGCAGAGAGGUCAGAUGAAGGGAGCUAUACUUGUCAAAUCACUAGCGCUUUGCAACCGGGAUACAGCCAUAGUUUCACAGCCAAUUUAACCAUAUUUGAGUGUCCAAAGGCCAAUGGCAAGUUUAGAGAUCCAUUCAACAAUACUUUAUACAUCGUAUGUGUGAAUGGUAUAGGUACGAGAAUACAGUGCCCUCUUCCUGGCCAAUAUUGGGAAGAUUCCAUCAAGCAUUGCGUGUUACCUGCCACUACACCAACCACCCCGGUAUUGACCUGGAUCUCAGACCUGCCUGUUAGACAGAAUGCCCCCAUUGAAGGUUCUUUUGUCUUCGACUGCCGCCUAACAGAUCCCACCAUCCCUGUUGAACUCAAAAAACGCGGAAAUCCAGUUACGGUUGAUGGAACUAAAGUCAAGCUCGUUGGACAAAAAUUUACAAUUUCAAAACUUCAAAUUGGAGACAGUGCUCUCUAUACGUGUCAUGCUAGUGGCGUUGGAAAUCCCAAAAAAAUCAACGUUUACGUAAAUAAGGACCUAACGCUUGAUUUAAGUGUCCAUGUGUUAGGCGGGACCAAUCGCAUUGAACUGGAAACAUCGUUCAAUAGGACCAUAACAUGCGAGUCAUUCAACGAGGGCGAAAUCUAUUGGUACAGGGUUGACUCGAGAUCGAAUAGACUGACUCUGGUCACAAAGGGACCACCUUCGAUUCGAAAUAAAGACGGUUACGUUGUUACUUGGGCUUAUUUGAAACUCUCUAAUGUAAGACAGAAAGAUGAGGGAACGUACAUGUGCCGUAAGAACAACUCGGUUGGUGCUGUUGCCAAUACUACCAUUGAGAUCCUGGUUAAAGCUUCUGACAAGCCAAACCUUUCCACGCCCUCAUUCAAGACCAUCAAGGAACACGACCCGCUGCAGUUCAACGUCGUUGUGUUGGGCUCUCCCUUCCCCGAUGUAGCCUGGUACAAGGGACAACGAGCACUAGUAACGUGUCGUGGUGGUCAAAGCUUUAAAUGUCAAUCAAAGGAAACAAACUACGAGAUUGAUGAUAGAAUAGACGUAUUAAACAGGGGUGCAAGACCAGUCUUACCCUUCAAGAUUGUCGACCCUUUACAUCCUGCCGACAAUGGUGAAUAUCGUAUCAAAGUUAUAAACCUGGCAGGGGAAAAACAGGCAAUAUUUAAUGUUUCUGUUCAUGUUCCACCCUUGAUAAAGAAGACAAAUAAUGACGUUGUAAACCAAGUAAUUCCCAAGAAUUCUCCUUACACGUUGGAAUGUGAAGUCUCACGUGCUGUGCCACCUCCUGUCUUCACGUGGCAGUAUCAAGUACUCUCUUGUGUUGAUUCCAAAGAGUGCAAACCAAACCCCAACAAAUGGCAGUCCAUCCCCUUGAGUAUUGCGAAGGUCAGAAAUACGACUUCAUUGAGAAGCGUUCUUGGAGUUCUUCCCACAGACAAGUUGAUAUAUUACAGAUGUUCUGUAAGGAAUCUUGUAGGAUACGAUAAAAUGGACUUUGCUUUGCAUAGAACAAGCAAUUUUGUUAAGAAAUUGAACAUCGAAGGAGAGAAGAUCAAAUACAGAGAUGAAUAUGAAAACAUCACAAUGACUUGUCAGGCCUUAAAGUCGUUCGAUAGUCAUCCCACAUGGCGUGACGGUGACGACCACCUGAUAAACAACACCUCGCGUGUUCGAAUCACAUUUAGCGAGGAUUCAGUAAAAUACUUAACUCAUCUUCAGAUUUUUGAAGCUCGAAUGAACGAUUCUGGGAGAUACGCAUGUGAAGCCACUGAAAGUGACAAGAAAAAAGAAAGUACAUGGACGACUUUGAAAGUUCUUGCCGUGAGUCCACCUUCCGUAACUAUUGGAAACCUCACAACAAACGAAGCGAACCACGUGUCCUUUAACUGUACGGUCAGCGGUCACCCCUCACCGGCUGUCACUUGGUUCAAGGCGGGCAAACUAUUAGAGACAACGGUGCUGUCUUCUUUGAGUGAAUGUAGUUCAAGGGUGAACGGGUUCUAUCUUUAUGUCUAUCCCUCGGAGUUGAACAAGCCACAAACACAUUCUCUAGUGAUUUGUAAUGCCAAAUACAACAACACGGACUGGUAUUCUUGCAAGGCGAGAAAUAGUAUUGAUGAAGAUGAUGGAAAAGCGUAUUUGAACGUACAAGCUCCACCCACUGUCACGUUGAUUGACGAAGAGCUUCACGAAUCAGUCGAAUCAGUACGUUUAGUGAAGAUUCGCUGUCUUGCCACAGGAAACCCAACACCACAUGUUCGCUGGCUGAAAGAAAAUGAAACUGGCAGCUUCGUUUCUUUACCCAAUAUCUCCAGUUGGAAGAUGGGAAGCAGUACUUUGUUUUUCUCUGAAUUAAGGACUGAACAUCACGGGAAGUACCGAUGUAUAGCAACAAACGCUCUGGGUCAGAAUUACAAAGAUCGUGAUAUAAAUCCACCAGUGUUCCAAAGAAUCAAACGCCCUGGUCCAGGAGUAGUCUCCAUGCCUGCCUUGAUUGCCAUCAUUGUUUCUGGAAGUCUCGUCAUUCUCCUGCUGCUGGUCAUUAUUGCAGUAUUGUACCGAAGAAAGAAGCUCUAUGGUGGAUUUUACAUCUUGACUUUACCUCCAAUGCCGGAUUAUAUCAAGAAGUUGGACCCCAAUAGGACAUUACAGGAACAGACACAUAAACUACCCUUGUGCGCCGACUGGGAGUUCUCAAGAAAUAGACUCACUUUGGGACGCGAGUGCGAUCUCUUGGUCAUCAUCGAGUUCUGCCCCCACGGCAACUUGCUCGAGUUUUUACGGAAAAGACGUGAUUUAUUCCAAGCGGAAUGGGCUCCUGCCACAGAGAAAGCAGACGAACGGUUCACAACCACUGAUCUAGUAAUAACAGCAUUCCAAGUGGCUAGAGCCAUGGAGUUCUUGGCGAGCCGACGAUGCGUGCACCGUGAUUUGGCAGCGAGGAAUGUAUUGGUUGGUGAGAAUUACGUCAUGAAGGUGGCAGACUUUGGACUUGCGAGGGAUAUUUAUAAGGAUGAACACUAUGUGAAGACCACUGCUGGUUUGUUACCGGUGAAGUGGAUGGCAAUAGAGGCCCUGGUCGAUAGAAUCUACACCCAUCAGAGUGACGUAUGGUCGUUUGGUGUGUUGUUAUGGGAGAUCUUUACUCUAGGCGGUAGUCCAUACCCUGGAUUACCUGCCAAUGAAGUUUAUCAGUAUCUAAUGGAAGGACAGCGAAUGGAACGACCACAUGACUGCCCAGAUGAAAUUUACGCCUUAAUGUUAGCCUGCUGGGAACAUGACCCUAGUAGAAGACCACCAUUCUCAGCCAUUGUGCAAGCAAUCGAUAAUCUACUGGCAGAAAAGACAACACAGACUGGUGAAGAAUACCUUGAGCUAGAAAACGAGCAAGAUCCGAACGAGACUCAGCAAUACUAUCUUGAACCAGAAGACAUGCAUCCAACAUCGUCGGUCUUUGACAGCCCCCAGGGUUCCCCCUUACCACCCGUUCCUGUCGAGGAGAUUGAACUACAACAUCUCAUCACUGAGGAUAAAGGCAAAGACUACGUCAACACGAAAAGAUUCGCAUUCGGCGAUCUCUCUAAAGGAAAAGUGAGAAAUAACGGAGCUGAAUCAGGGGAAAUGGAUAAAGUACGUGCUGACUCUAUAGAGAAGGAGAAUCAUAAAAAAAGCGAUUCGAGUGGCAACAUAUCAGAUGAAGACGAGUUUAUCAGCGAAAAGGAACAACUUAUGAAGAACUACGACGACGAAAAGGACGUUUGUGAAAGGCAUUCUGAAGUUUUCGACACCCCACAGCCAUACAUCAACACCAGACCAUAUGCUAAUGUUAAUAACUUCAUUAAGAAUUAUGGGAACGAUGGGGUAACGUCGAAGAAGGAAGAUGACUUCCGGUCAAGGCAGCAAUCUGAGAGAUACGUAUAACUUUGUAUACUUAGACAAGGUCCCAGGUAACAAGCUCCAACAUGCUUUGAAUCAAGUUAGGAGACUGGAGACUAGUCCUCAGUAUUUUACUCCGAUUCCCGUCCAAUAUGGAUCGGGAUCGGGGAAGAGGACCUAGGAACUAGUACUCAACUAUUUCAUUUUGAUCCUGUCUAUAAUGGACUAAUUCGACGUUGCGGUGGCGACAAUGGAUGUUUGAAAUAAAUAGACAGUUUCAUAACUGAGGAAAUUUCUCAAAUAUCGUGGGGUCGUUAUUUCAGCAUCAUUGUUUUGUCUUGCCCCCUGAGUGACCCAUAAUGCCUUGCGAUUCAAAAUGGCCGCCGUAUCGUCGAAGUGCUCCAUUACAGAAAUAGCCUGGGAACUAAUUGACUGAUCGAUAUUUUAUUAUGGUUUUAUAGAGUUUUAUGCGUAAAAGUACUUUGAAAUUAAUAGAUAUACAGAAAACAUUUCUUAGUAAAAAGAGAGUAGCAUUUCGAUUUUUCAGUUCUUGAAAAAAAGUCUUUUAUUUUAUUCUAAAUAAUUUAUUUAAAACAUAAUUUACUCGGGUGAAAUAUGAAUAAAUGGGACCAUGCUUUACAAUGCAGGCAACCCUGUAACGUCUUCUUUAAGAUGGUAUAUGUGGUUAUGCUGUGGAAAAUUAGGCGAAGGAGAAUAGAAAAGAAAAAGCAAUCCACAGGAAACCCAUUAUGAAUAGAGAAAACAUAGUGUAACAAAUGGGUGCAUUAUUCUCUUCAUUCUCUACUUUCACAUCCCCAUAAUACUUUGCGUCUUUGGGGGGUAACCAGAGAGUAAAAACCCACUUAUUUUGCUGAAGGCUGAUCAGACAAUGUUGACAAUACCUUGUUUGGUAUCCAAAAA